AUGACAAGUGUGGACUCUUAUAAGUUCUGCUCCAUUAUCAACAAGGUGGAGAGCCUCCACCAGCUUGCAAUUCAGAGGCCCAGGGAGCAAAUAGUUGAUGAGAACGCUGUUGGACCUUACCACUUGUUUGGUAUCAUCAGUAAGGUAGAUGGCAGUGGUACUAAUGGGACGGAGUGCAUUUCUGCAGGGCCUGGCUGCUCUUCGUUUGGAAUCGGAGCCUUCCAGGAGAUAGGCCCGUUCCGCGUGGACACGGACGUUCAUGGGUCAUACCCAAGUUUAUUACUCAUGGGCCUUGCUGCCAUAAUGGCUGAAGAACCUUUCAAGCUUCUGGUAGCCGACACUGUGAUUGCACUGUUCCGUGUUGAUUUCAGUGGCAGGGGUGAACUAGCAGAAUUGCAGCAAAAGAUAGCACAGAUGUUGUCCCGCCUUACCAAGAUUGCCGAGGAAUUCAAUGUUGCAGUGUACAUCACCAACCAAGUGAUUGCUGAUCCAGGUGGUGGCAUGUUCAUAACCGAUCCAAAGAAACCAGUAGGCGGCCACGUGUUGGCACAUGCUGCCAUCAUCAGAUUGAUGCUGAGGAAAGGAAAAGGCAAGCAAUGUGUCUGCAAGAUCUUCGAUGCACCUAACCUUCCUGAAGGAGAAGCUAUUUUCCAGGUUACAUCAGGUGGAAUCAUGGACGUAAAAGACUGA